GGGCGGUGCCUGAACGAGCGGGAAGGAGGCGUUGGUCGAGAUUUUGUCUGCUUCCCCGGAGGCUUCAAGAGUGGUGGUCUGUGAGCUUCCGGCCUCAGAGAGAGAUAACGGCUUCCACUCUGGGCUGUGCCCUUGUUCCCGAGGGCCAUGGGCCGGAUAUCCGGGCUUGUACCCUCUCGGUUCCUGACGCUUCUGGCGCAUCUAGUGGUCGUCAUCACCUUAUUCUGGUCCCGGGAAAGCAACAUCUUGGCCUGCCUGCCACUCAGGUUCACCCCCGAGGAGUAUGAGAAGCAGGACAUUCAGUUGGUGGUAGCCCUCUCUAUCACCCUGGGCCUCUUUGCAGUGGAGCUGGCCGGUUUCCUCUCAGGAGUCUCCAUGUUCAACAGCACCCAGAGCCUCAUCUCCAUCGGGGCUCACUGUAGUGCAUCUGUGGCCCUAUCUUUCUUCAUAUUCGAGCGUUGGGAGUGCACCACGUACUGCGCCCUCCCAACUGUCACUGAAAUGGCAUUAUUCGUCGCUGUCUUUGGACUGAAAAAGAAACCUUUCUGAUCACCUCAUGGAGAACGGAAAACUAAAGGCUAGAGGAGCAAGGGCUACUUAACCAUUCCCGGAAGAAGACUUCGGUCCCAGUCCCUCAAACUGCUAGGAAGUGGAGGAUGUUAGCGAUGGAAAAAUUAUCUACCAAGCCUUGGGAUUAUCAGCGUUUUAUUUAGUAUUUUGUAAUAAAAUAUGUUUCUAGUAAGAUCAAGACAUAUGCAAUUUUCACGGGUCAAUUAGUUUGGCCAAACUGCUGGAGAAAAAAAGGAAAGUUUUCCAGUCCUGCAGACCGUUAAGAUAGUAGGUAUCGCUUCUAUUUUGAUUAUUACGGUAGAUGUGAUAGAGUGGGCGGAGACAUGUAAAUAAAGGCAACU